AUGCUCGCCGCCUCCGCCUCGUCCGGUCAGAUGGCCGGGCUCUGCGCCCCGCGCCGCUCGUCGAUUCCUCCGCUCCUCGCCCGCCGCGGCCGCCUGCUCCCUCGGCGCCCGGUCGCGCUGCUCCCCCGCGCCCGCGCCCCGGCCCUCCGCCCCGCCACGCCGCCGCCCCGGUGUUCCGCCGCCGCAUCUCCACCGCCGCCCCCGUCCGCCGACUCCGCGCUAGAACAUCAAGUACGUAGAAAGUGCUCACCUCUACUGGAGAGUGUUCUGUUGCCUGGUGGAAGUGAUUCGACAGUGCAUGAAUGGAAGGCGGUUCCAGAUAUUUGGAGGACAGCAGCAGAAAAAUACGCUGACCUCGUAGCUGUGAUAGAUCCUUACCAUGAACCGCCGACGGAAUGGACGUAUACACAGCUUGAGCAAGAAAUAUUGGAUUUUUCUCAAGGUCUAAGGGCCAUUGGCGUUGCUCCAGAUGAAAAGCUAGCACUUUUUGCUGAUAACUCAUGUCGCUGGCUAGUUGCAGAUCAAGGAAUCAUGGCAACUGGUGCUAUCAAUGUUGUUAGGGGAACAAGAUCAUCGGAUGAAGAAUUGUUUCAAAUAUACACUCAUUCAGAAAGCAUUGCACUUGUUGUGGACAGUCCUCAAUUCUUUAAUCGGCUUGCAGAAUCUUUCAUAUCAAGGAUUAAUACAAGAUUCAUUGUUCUACUUUGGGGUGACAAAUCAUGCAUAGAUAGCCAAGCUGUGAAGGAUAUACCACUUUAUGGCUACAAGGAUAUCACCGAACUUGGUCGAGAAAGCCGUAAUGCACUGUUUCUUUCUGGCCAGCAAGGUCAGCAAGAUGUCUUUGAAACUAUUAGUCCUGAAGAUGUGGCCACACUAAUAUAUACUAGUGGAACAAGUGGCACACCAAAAGGCGUUAUGCUUACCCACCGAAAUCUCUUACAUCAGAUAAAUAAUCUGUGGGAGAUUGUGCCGGCAGAACCUGGUGAUAGGUUCCUAAGCAUGCUUCCACCAUGGCAUGCAUAUGAGCGUGCUUGUGAGUACUUCAUCUUCUCGUACGGGAUCCAGCAAGUUUACACUACUGUGAAGUACCUGAAGGAAGAUUUGCAGCGUUACCAGCCUCACUAUUUUAUAUCAGUACCACUGGUCUAUGAAACCUUGUACAGUUCAAUUCAAAAGCAGAUUUCAUCCAGUUCAGCUGCUCGAAAAAUUAUUGCUCUGUCACUUAUAAAGAUAAGUUUACUAUAUAUGGAGGCAAAGAAGAUCUAUGAGGGAACAGUUUUAUCAAACAAUCUUGUCAAACCAUCAUUUAUCGCCUAUAUGAUGAAGUGGCUGUGGGCAAGAUUGAUUGCUGCAUUUCUCUGGCCUUUACAUAAUCUGGCGAAGAUUCUAGUAUACAAGAAAAUUCAUUCAGCAAUCGGGAUUUCAAAGGCUGGUAUUAGUGGCGGUGGAAGUCUUCCGAUGCAUGUUGAUAAAUUUUUUGAGGCCAUUGGCAUUAAAGUACAAAACGGCUAUGGUCUUACUGAGACUUCUCCUGUUGUUGCUGCUAGACGACCAUUCUGUAAUGUUCUUGGGACAAUUGGCCACCCAAUAAAGCAUACUGAAAUCAAGGUUUUCGACAUAGAGACUGGUGAGGUGCUCCCAGAUGGUUCAAAGGGGAUUGUGAAAAUUAAAGGACCGCAAGUAAUGAAGGGAUACUAUAAGAAUCCAUCGGCUACAAAUGAAGCUUUUGACCAAGAGGGUUGGUUCAGCACUGGAGAUAUAGGUUGGAUUGUACCUCACCAUGCCAUAGGGCCAAGUCGCAAGUGUGGAGGGAUGCUUGUUCUUGAAGGGCGUGCGAAGGAUACAAUAGUCCUCUCUACAGGUGAAAAUGUUGAACCUGCUGAGAUCGAGGAAGCAGCCGGCAGGAGUAACUUGAUUAAUCAGAUAGUUGUGAUCGGCCAGGAUCAACGGCGUCUUGGUGCCAUAAUUGUUCCCAACAAUGAUGAAGUUCUGGCAAAAGCAAAAAGGAAGUCCACCCUUGGUGAGAAUGGCGAACUAGCGAAAGAUAAGGUCAUGAACAUGCUAUAUGAUGAAUUGAAAACCUGGACCGCGCAUUGCUCUUACCGUGUCGGGCCAAUUAUGAUCGUCGACGACCCAUUUACGAUUGACAAUGGUCUGAUGACACCCACCAUGAAAAUAAGAAGGGACAAAGUGACAGACAAGUACAGAAGGGAGAUCGAGGCGUUGUUCAAGUGA